AUGGCUGCUCACCUACCACGCCUCCCUUUCAUCCUCCUCUUUGUCUUCCUCGCCGUCCAUGCCCCCGCCUCCUCCCAUGGCGACCCUGCUCCGCCCCUGACCACCUAUGACGCUUCCAUGUGCCUGGAAUCGUCUAUGUGCGGCAACAUAUCUAUCAGAUAUCCCUUCUACCUCUCCAGCACAACCAGAAUCAUAACCGAUUACAAUUACAAUACUACAUCCUCCUCCUGCGGCUACACCGACCUGGAGAUCUCCUGCCAGGGCGAGGGGCCGAAGGCGACGCCGGCCAUCAUUCUCCGUGGUCACAACUACACCGUCCUGGACAUCUUCUACGACAGUAAGAGCAUCAUCCUGGCGGACAGCGACGUGCUCCACGGCGGCAGCUGCCCCGUGGUCCUUCACGACCUCAGCUUCGACAAGCUGUGGCUGCAGAACACCAGCUCCAACGAAAAUCUCACCUUCUACUUCGGCUGCUACACCUCACGCGGUCCUGGUGUGACGGUGCCGCCUGACCUGUUCGCAUACAAGAUCGACUGCGACCUCAAGGGUCCGUUUGGCGAGGGAGCUUAUUCCUUCAUCUUUACACCUGACGAUCAUUGGAAAGCCCAAGAGCACGAGCUGGAUCAGUAUGGGCGCUGCAGCGAGGUUGUCUCCGUGCCAGUGAGGAGCGAGGUCCUGAUGGCAAAUAACCAAUCCAUGCUGGUGAGGGGCGGAUACGCUGAGGUGCUUUGGUACGGGUUCGAGUUGGAAUGGUACCAGGGAACAACGGAUCAGUGCCAUUUGUGCGAGCAGUCCGGCGGGAAGUGCGCCUACAGCCAGAACCAGAAGAGGGAAUUCUUGGGCUGCUUGUGCUCCAACAGCAAGGUGGGCUACCCUGACUGCAGAUCAAGUAAGUCCUCCAAAACUGAUCAUUCCAUUUGA